UGAGUAUAUGAUGUGGACAUGUAUAUUCCAUUGAUGACAUCAAAAAAGCAUAUCCCCAUAGCAAUUAAUCCUUAAGAUUUCCUUUCUUUAUGUAAUAUAAAUACAUAGGCUUCCAAACAAACAAAGAAACCUCAUUAGCUUAAAAGUUUCAAGUCACCAUCUGUUUUUCCUCUUCUUUAUAUCUUUAUAUAUGAAAAAAAUCAACAUGAGAAGCAAGAAAGAAAUGAUGGUCAUUUCUGAACUUGAAGAAGAUAAGCUGUCCCAAAUGGUCAGUGAUUUUAUUGAAUUGGAUUGUGAAACUUUUCAAGUUGAUGAACUUGUUGAUCAUAAUAAUCGCACCACCUAUCUUUCCUUACAGGGUAUUCUUGAGAAUGUUAGUGAUACUGAAACAGAGAUUCAUGGGAAAAUCUUGUUUUAUUGGAGAAACAUGGUUAAUAAUAUGGAGCCUAAAAAGUUAAGGCAAUGGAUUGUGAAUAGAUUAAGAACGGAUGAGUAUGAAGCUUCUCUUUGUAAAACUUCUUGGAUUACCUCUUCCGGACGUCCUUCAGCAUUUCAAUUCACAGGUGAUUAUGAAUACAUUGAUGUGAUGACGAAAGAAAGAAGUGAAUCAGAAACAGUGAGAGUAAUAGUGGAUAUAGAUUUUAGGUCACAAUUUGAGUUGGCAAGACCUACAACAGAAUACCAAGAACUUUUAAAUUCUCUUCCGUCAAUAUUUGUUGGUACUGAGGAGAAACUCAAUGGCAUUAUCUCUUUGCUUUGUUCAGCAGCCAAACAGUCCCUUAAGGAGAAAGGUCUUCAUGUUCCACCUUGGAGAAAAGCUAGCUAUAUGCACUCUAAAUGGCUCUCUCAAAACUGCAAGAAAAUUUCUUUGUUUGCACCUCUCUGCAUAUAGUUUGAAGGACCAAUUAAAAAUUUAGAAAAAGGAGAGAUCUAAUUAAAGGGAGACAAUUUUUUCCUUUUUUUCCUCUUUCGUUCUAAAAUGGUUCGUGACACGUGAGAUUUGCUCAAGUGGUUGAGUACCUCCAUCAUCGAUCCGUAGAUUGAUGAUUCGAGUCACGCCAAUAUUGAUCCUCCGAGGUGUGGUGGAAAAAAGUUGAUAUUGUUCUAGUUUGUUUAUUGUAUAUUUCCAUAGGUCUAUUUGCCUUGGCUUGUUAUGAGGAUUAGAAGUGCUUGAAAUUUUUGUUAAUGCACUAUCUUGUUUGAUAUAUACUUAUUUUGUCUCCUACCCGAUAGUUGAUAUCCGUUUUAGGCUUAGUUAGUCUGAAUUUGCAUCAGAAUGUGCUCGAGUGUUUGAGUAUCUCCAUAAUCGGUUGGUAGAUUUAAGAUUUGAGUUAAGCCAAUAUUGAUCCUCCGGCGUGUGGUGGCAAAAAGAAGAUAUUGAUACUAGUUUGUA